AUGUAUUUCUCUUUUGAAACAAUUCCAGCCUUUGUGUGGGCAUUCAUAACUGCCUAUGUUAUUUAUUCGAUUAUUAAUCGAAGAUUAAGUAAAAAUGAUCCUCCAAUGGUUCCUUAUAAAAUUCCAAUAAUCGGCCAUACAAUAGAUUAUUUAUUUAAUGCCGAAAAUUUUUUUGCAGAAUGUAGACAAAAAUACGGUGAUCCUUUCAAUAUAUAUGUAUUUGGUCAGGUGAUUACUAUUGCAGGAAAUGAAAUUGCUCAUGAAGUUUUUAGGUCCGAAACUUUUAGUUUGCCCAACGCUAUGCUAGAUCGUGUUUUAAAAAGCUUUGGCGAUCCUAAAACGGCGGAACAAGUAGUCAAAACAAUACGUGAAGGAAUCACCGCGAAAUUACCUUUAUAUACUAGAAGAUUGCAAAGGCAACUUAUGUUUUCUUUUAAUAAGGAAAUUGGAGAUUGUUCUAACCCUAAAUUUGUUAUCACAGCGAAAGAAAAUUUCUCAAGCAUAAUCGCCCGCCCAAUCGCUGAUAUUUUGGUUGGACAGGAAAUAUCAAAAAACGAAGACGUGGUCAAAGCUUUUGCUAAUUUUACUAAAGAUUUUGGAUCAAUUCUCAAAAUACCUCCCAUUCUUUCAUUCAUUCAUCCGAAAGUCCAUACCCAAAUUAUCACUUUACCAUUUAGAUUUGGGUGGAAUCCAAAAGGAAAACAUGUGAUCACUUUCAAGAAAUAUUUGAAACCUGAAUUAGAGAAAAGAUUGAAAGAUAAAGAAAUUCUUGGUGAUAAAUAUGAACCACCUGUGAAUUUUGCGGGAAGACCAGAAUUAUGGGAUGAUAUUUAUGAAGAACAAGUAAGAAUUAAUAAAGAAUGUAAUGGAGAAUUAUUACCUCAACAUGUUGACAAAAUGGUGAAAUUGGAUACUGGCUCUCGUCACAAAUGCUUGGAAUCAUAUACAUUAAAAAAUGGCAUGACAAUUCCAAAAGGUCGAAAAGUUCAAACUUAUUUAAUGGAUAUUCAUUACAAUACCACAGCAUAUGGACCGGAACCAAGGUCAUUCCUUCCUUAUCAUGGUUUGGAAAAUAAUCUUCCUGCAUCAAAAAUUGACAAAAAUUUUUUUCCAUUUGGCUCAGGAAAGCAUGUUUGCCCUGGAAGAUUUUUAGCUGUAAAUAAAAUUAAAGUUGCUUUGCAUAUAUUAAUUUUAAAAUAUCAUAUUAAGACACCAAGUGGGAAGACUGAAAAAAAGGUACGGGUUGCAGCUUUAGCUUUUCCGCCAGUUGCUGGAUUAAUUUUCGAGAAUAGAAAAAAUAGAUAA